AUGGUCAAGUUCAACUGGGCGUUGGGCCAACUGGCUGUUGCUUCGUUCUUGUCUCUGCCUCGAGAUGUGGCUGCGACAUGGAUCCCCCGCCGCCAGUUCAAGAACGAGACAGCACCUCAAAACAUCCCGAUCAAGUUGAUGGGCACGUCACCAAAAUACCCAUCACACCCUGAUACGACAAAGUUCUGCAGCUGGUGGUGGGACAACGAUGGCUCAAUCGCAUGCAAAGACAUGCCAGACGCCUGGUCCAUCAGCAUGGAGGACUUUCUCCGCUGGAACCCUGGGCUAGCUUCCGAUUGCAGCAACUUUCUUCUUGAGUGGUCCUACUGUGUUGAGGCCGCCAAUAAGCCCCCCGUCACCAGCGUCCCUUCCAAGACGACGACGGUCGGGGGAAGCAGCCCGACCACGGGCGUCCAGACGCCCACGCCCACGCAGCCAGACAUGGUAGACAACUGUGUUGCUUUUGCUUUCGUGGAGAAAGGCAUGUCUUGCAACACGGUCCUCACCAAGAACGGCAUCACGCUCAAGGAGCUGGUGGCUUGGAACCCUUCAGUCGGCGCCAACUGCGAGUCGCUCUGGGCUGAGGUCUAUGUCUGCGUGAGCAUCGUUGGCCAUGAUCCAGAGGGCACCAAUACCGUCAAGCCAAGCCCCACGACUACAUCAAAGACAGACCCAACCAACGGUAUCGAGACGCCGUCGCCGACCCAGCCCGACAUGGUUGACAACUGCAACAAAUUCGCUUUUGUCAGCCAGGGCCAGACGUGCGACACCAUCUCCAAGGCCAACGGCAUCACCACGGCCGAGCUUUACAAGUGGAACCCAUCUGUGGGAUCCGGAUGCGAAGGCCUGUGGGCUGACGUCUACGUGUGUGUCUCGGUUGUUGGCCAUUCACCCUCGCCGACGAAGCCUACUCCCACCAACGGCAUCGAGACGCCCUCGCCUAUCCAAGACGGCAUGGUCAACAAUUGCAACAAGUUUCAUCUUGUCAAGACUACAACGACCUGUACGUCAAUCCAAGACUACUACAAGUUGCCUCUGGCCACCUUCUACAAGUGGAACCCCUCUGUUGGCACAGACUGCCGCUCACUUCUUGCAAACUACUAUGUUUGCGUCAUGACUACCGACUACAAGCCUGAGACUACACCGAAGCCCUCACCGACAACGCCAAGCAACGGGAUUACUACUCCUUCUCCAAUCCAGGCCAGUAUGCAUAAGAAUUGUAAUAAAUUCCACCUGGUCAGCUCAACAACGACGUGCUCCUCAAUUAGCAACUAUUACAAUCUUCCCUUGAAGGACUUUUACUCCUGGAAUCCGAGCGUUGGUUCUAGCUGCCAGUCUCUCAUGGCACAGUACUAUGUUUGUGUCUCUAUCAUCGGCUGGAGCCCUCCAAAGCCAUCCCCCACAACCCCUGGCAACGGAAUCUCGACCCCGUCGCCAAUUCAGACGGGGAUGGUCAAUAACUGCAACAAGUUCCACUUGGUUCAGAAAACGACUACUUGCGCCUCAAUUCAGAACUACUAUAAGAUAACCAUGGAGCAACUGGCCAAGUGGAACCCAGCCGUUGGGUCCAAAUGCACGGCCUUAUGGGCGGACUAUCAUGUCUGUGUAGGCGUUAUCGGACAAACGCCAACUCAGCCGCCAAAGGAGAACCCAACCCCUACACCUGUCCAGGCGGGAAUGAUUAAUAAUUGCAAGAAAUUCCACCUAGUAAAAUCGACUACAACCUGCGCCUCUAUCCAGGAUUACUAUAAGAUCACUAUGGCCCAGAUUGCAAAGUGGAACCCUGCUGUUGGGGCCAAGUGUACGGCCCUAUGGAAGGAUUACUAUGUAUGCGUAGGUGUUUGA